GCCCCCGCGGGCAGGCGUUGGCGGGCCGCGAUCUGGGCAGGUUGAAGUAAUCCUGAUGUUUGCAGUAAUGGAACAACUGCAGGAUCCGGUUGCGCAAGAAGAUGCAAAUAUUAAAGCCAUUAAUGAAGAGUACAGGAAGGCCUUUAUUUUUAUCAAUAAAGGACUGAAUACAGAUGAACUGGGUCAGAAGGAAGAGGCAAGAAGAUACUAUGAGCAAGGGCUUGACCACCUGCUCCGAGGAGUUAGUGUUCCGUCAGAGGGUCCUGCAUGUGUAGGGUCCCAGUGGGACUCUGCCAGGCAAAUGCAACAGAAGAUGAGGGAGACCCUGCAAAAUGUUCGCGCUCGACUCGGCAGUCUAGAGCAAAACACCCAAGCAUCUCCUGUUCUGAUGGAUACCCCUUCUGGGGUACCCAAGUUAUACCCCUCCAUUCCUUCCAAAGAAAAGCCAGAAAGACCCCCUCCCCCUAAUUCUCUGUUUGUACCAAGUCAGCCGCCGGCAGCAGGUGGAAGUGUUGCAGCUGUGGGUCAGGGGCAAUUUCCAGCUAUGAGUCCGUCCUCUGCAAAACCUCUUUGUGUGCCAAAUGAGGCACCUCCUGCCUACACUCCUCAAGCUACCAAUGGCCACUUCACUGUGUCCUACGGCACAGACUCCGGGGAGUUUUCUUCUGUCAGCGAGGACUACUACAACAACAAAUGUACUCAGCCACCUCCCCUGGAAAACCUGGGAGUGGAUGCAGAUGAGCUGAUCUUGAUUCCCCAAGGAGUACAGAUAUUUUUUGUGACUCCUGAUGGGCAGGUUAGUGCUCCUUCAUAUCCUGGAUAUCUGCGCAUCGUGAAGUUCUUGGAUACGGAUAGUGAAGCUGCUCGGAAUCGUCCACCGGCAUUUCUUCAGGUUUGUGACUGGUUGUAUCCUCUGAUGUGUACCCAGUCUCCUGUGCUGUGCUGCAAUACUGGGGUCUACAUGUUCCCUGACACAAUGUCCCAGAUACCAGGGUCCUAUGUGGGAGUAGUGCUGUCUUCAGAACUUCCAGCAGCUGACAGAGAACUGUUUGAAAAUAUUUUGUUAAUGUUCCCUGAUACAAUGUCGCAGGUGCCAGGAUCCCAUGAGAGAGUAGGGUUACCUUCAGAGCUCCCAGCAGCUAAGAGAGCACAUUUUGAAGAUAAAUUUAAACAGAGGUCUGGCCACAAAGUCCAGCCUUCUGACGCCUCUAGUGAUGCAGUUCACUUGCCUCAGACUGUACAUAUCCAGCCACAACCUGAAGAAGCAGAAGAACAGAAAGAGUUACCAGAAUGGAGUGAGAAAGUUGCCCAUGGAAUCUUGUCAGGUGCAUCUUGGGUAAGCUGGGGCCUAAUGAAAGGAGCAGAAUACACGGGUAAAGCUAUUCACAAAGGAGCUUCUAAACUGCGAGAGCACAUUCAACCAGAAGAAAAGCCUGUGGAAGUCAACCCAACUGUAGCAAAGGGACUUCACGUAGCAAAACAGGCUACUGGAGGAGCUGUGAAAGUCAGCCAAUUCUUAGUUGAAGGGGUGUGUUCUAUAGCGAGCUGUGUUGGAAAGGAGCUGGCUCCACACGUGAAGAAGCAUGGCAGCAAAUUAGUUCCAGAAUCCCUAAAGAAGGAUAAAGAUGGCAAAUCUACUUUUGAUGGUGCUCUGGUAGUAGCAGCAAGUGGAGUUCAAGGGUUUUCAACAGUGUGGCAAGGCUUAGAAAGUGCAGCAAAGUGCAUUGCUAAAAGUGUGUCAACUGAGACUGUAAAAACAGUGAAAUACAAGUAUGGAGAGGACGCUGGUCAUGCUACAGACAACGCUAUGAAUUCUGCAAUCAAUGUUGGUGUUACAGCAUUUAACAUUGAAAAUAUUGGUAUCAAAUCUGUUGUAAAGAGAACUGCAAAAGAAACUGGCCAUGCUGUGCUAGAUGAAUAUAAGGUAUUAGAUAAUGAGAAGAAGGGUAAAAAAUGAAAGCAAUUAAAUACUUCUCAAAGCCUUACAUUAGAGAUGAAACUUCCUAUUUAGAAGUAACUACAUUGCUCAUCUGACACUGAACAUAAGUCACACUGUACUUUUCAAGCAACUGUUACUUAAUUUGACAGGAAAAUGUAAAAGUAGGAAGAGCAUUUGUAGGAGGAAAAAUGAAAGUUGUCACCUCCUCGUUCUGUACUGAACAAGGGUUUUAAACAACUGGAUCAGGGCUUCAGGCAACUGGAAGGAUAUGAGUUUGCAGUUCAUAUACUUGCCUCUUUAAGCACUUUUUCAAAAUAAUAUAUGGAAUAAUAUUAUGGAUUAAUAUAGAAAUAAUAUUGUGAAUAUUUUUGUAACACUUUAUAUUUAUAAAGGAGGUGGUGAUACAGAAAGAGUAGGAUUACUAAUUCUGGAACAAGUAAAAUUACCAGUUUUGGCUUUAUAACUAUCCUUAAGAAUUAAUUUUACUAAUCAAGCCUUGUCUUACUUAAUAUGCACUACUAAAAUACGCAUUGUGUUUCAUUGUUUUGUAGAGAAUUUCUCUUUUCACCUACAAAAUAGGUGAUCUUAUCCAAAGUUCAUGUUAAGAGAAAUGAAAGGUGAACUUCAGGUAAUUAGGUAGUCUUUCCAUUUUAGAUUUUCUUUCUUUCUCAUACAACAUAUAAGUAAACCAAAGAUACCAACCAUUUCUAAAAGAGGGUAUUUACAUGUCUAGAAAAAUGUAUUUUCCAGUUGACUCCAUAAGGAAUUCUUUGAUUCUUUGAAAUUCAGGUUUUUAUGUAGAGAGGAAAGUAUGGUUUUGCAUAAAUCAAAGUAUUUUUCUGUGAAAAUAUUAGAGAGCACGAGGAAAUUCUAUGUAUUCUGUACUUUUCAGCUGAUCCAGAAAGAUUCAGAUUAUAUAUCACAACCUCCUAAUGGAAGACUUCUAAUGUUUGAACAAAUAGUUCUAAUGGUCUUCAUCUUUAUUCCAUUAAAUUCAUAGUUGCACAAGGGUGUGAAGUGUUUAAAAAGACUAUGAAGACAAACCCUUUUAUUGAAGAGUUGUGUAGAAUAGACACUACUGUGUAGAUUUGUCAUUCUGUUUGUAGCAAAGUGUAAAUAAGAUAUUAAGGUAUUAGAUCCUUGAGAUGCUUUGAUACUGCUACUUAUUUAACACUUUACUACUGAGUUUUAAAGAUGCUACACAUUCAAAUAUUGUCUGAACGUGCAACAUACAGAAUGUGAACAUGUGGAGAUAAGCUUAUCUCCAUUUCAUGUAGGUGGAGAAAAUAACUAUAAAUUACUGUUGGCAAUUGAUAUUUGUAGAAGAUUGAAAAAAUAGAGUACCAACUACACUCUGUUAGAAUGGUAAUAGGUGCAUAUUUUGUGGUAGCUACUGCAGGUGUGUGCUUUGGUUGAGAAACAUGAAAAAAAGGCUCUAACCACUUGAAGUGUAACUUUGAUUCAUGGAAAUAAAGAUAAAAUCUGUGCUUGACCUUUUUAUGAUAUGAAACUACUCUAUGGAUCCAUAAGUGGAAAAACUAGGACUUCUUCAGAAGUAAUAAAAUAGCAGUAUUGGGGUAUAUCUGGUAUAAACAAGCUCACCAACUAGGGCUUAAAUAUUUCAAACUAAAAAGUUCCAUCCAAAGUACACUGCAACAAUUUCUGUUACUAUAAUCUGCCACUUGCCAGCUUAAGUUAACCAGUUAAAGACUGCUAAAGACUUCACUCUAGCAAAAACAUUUUUUACUGCUAUAAGCUGUAUUUACAAUAGGGAUAUAGGUAUUUGUAUCUUCUUUCUCCCUCCCAUUUAGAGGUUUUGUAUAUAGCUUUAGUUUGCAUUUACCUUCAGUUUCGUCUAUAAACCAUCAAAACAAAAAAUUAUAUUAAAACAACAGUUAAGAUCAAGGUGUGUUACAGUCUUCAAGAGACCACAUUGGAGCACACUGAGGAAAAACAACAUUUAAAUGCCAUCAGUAUCAGGCAAGUAGUGGUGUCGUGCCCAACCUACUGUAGUUCUCUGCAUGUGUAUCCAGUCUUUCAAAAUGGAUUAAAACUAUUUUUUCAAUGA